GCAAGCUCAAAAUCCAUGAUCUUUGACUUGCUGUGGUCAACAGCAGCAGCAGGAACUACCAGCAUCUGGGAAAAGCCGUCUGUUAUCACACUUGGCUUCAGGAUGUCUGUCCUUAAAGUCUUGUUUUUCAUUCUGUUGGUGGCUGGUGAUUGUCUGAGUCAAGAACCCAACUGCACUGGAGUUGAUGACUUUGGUGACUGUCGUAAUAGUGGCAGCUUCUGUCCUGCCAAUGUUCCUUGUCAAUGUAAAAAUGAAAAACCUUUUUGCAGAUGUGAUUACUACAGAGAGGGCUGGAUGGAGUAUUGGUACAUGGGCCCCAAAUGUAACCAGCUUUGGAACACACUGGAUUUUAUACUAGUAACUAUUCUUCCUGCAGUAGCCCUGGUUUUCUUAGUUGUUGCCAUAUAUCAGUGUGUUUACUACUGUAAAGGUAAAAAAGCCAGGAAGCAGACAAAUUCCCCAUACCAUGAAGUACACCAUAACCCUGCAUUUAGUCAUGAACCGUCUGGUAACCUGGGACAUGCUUCUCAGCCACCACCAAGGGCCGCCUGGACUGGGCAUCUGCCUAAAGCUGUACUGAGAAGACAAGAUUUUGAUGAUCUCCCAGGCCCAAGUCACUUAGAUAAUUCUAGUCCCAGGUAUGUUCAGUCACCGAGACCAGACUAUCUUUCCAGCCAGCAAUCCCAACAGUAUGACAGCAUUAACUAUCCAGGCAACAACAGAACUUAUGAAGGUUAUACGGAGGAGAGGCGGUAUUCGAGAUACUAAUACCAGUGCUUCCUUGAUCUGAAGUAUCUCAGAAUGCUGCAUGAUCAAUGAAUGAGCAGUCCAAACGCUGAGAGAUCAGUAAGGCCUUGUGCACCUGGAACACAGAGAAAAUAGUAACUUGUAGAGAGCACUAAAAGUCAUUUUAUAAAGUAUAGAAGAUAAUUACAAAACAAAACAUAAUUACAAAACUGUUAUCUGAUUUAUUUACUGUAUGCUUUAUGAAAGUUUAUCCUUUUUUGGAUACGUGAUUGAGCAGUUUAUACAUCUGUUCGUAGGAAUCACUUAAAUUGUUGCACAUCUAUCUGGACAGAGAUUUUUGUGAUUCACCUUGUCAUGUGCCUGACAAGUACCUGUUAGAGAAAGCUGCCUUUUCUCAGAGGAAGCUCGUAAGAAAGAAGAAAGUCUUCCCAAAAAUUCAGUAUGAGAGCUGACAAAUACACAUGCUAAUCAUCGUGCUUCCUUCAUUGCUGUGGGUUUAAAUCUAAAUUAAAAAGAACGGAGAAGUUGCAUUUUUCCUUAUUUCUCAGGAAGGCUUGUCAGAAACAGCUUCUGCCCAGUACAGUUCUUCCAUUUGCCUUUUCCAUUUAUUUGUGAUGGUUACUCCACUCUGUGCCAUGAUCUCUAUCCAUAUGCUAGCGAGCAAUGGUUCCUUAUAUAAUGUUUUUAAUAAGACCACAAACUUCUCUGACUGAAAUUAUGGAGAUUCUUCAGGACACUUUAGUGUGUAGCACCUGUUGUUCCCUGACAGGCAUUUGCUUUUCUUCUUCUUUUCCCCAAAAGAGCCAAUAGUUAAGGGAGAAAAGCAACAGAUUUCAUACAAGCUUGGACAUUAAUUCAACUCUGUAUUCUUGCUUACUCCAGUAUCCCAAAGAGUGAAGCAAAAGAGAAGGAAGGUUCUGUUGUCAGGUGUAGCCACCAAGUCCACUGACACCAGCAGCGCUGCACGAGUGUAAUCAAGGCAUUUAUGUUCUCAUUUACUCCAGAUGCACUGAGUACUGAAAUUCUGGCUAAUACAGCAAUGUGAGCCCUGCAGUCUCUUGUUUCUUUUUCACUUUAUCUUAGUCACCUUGUUGAACCUAACAGCUUAAAUGUUUGGUUUUUUUCCUCUAAAAAUACAGUCUUUCUUUGUAACGUCUUUGGUGAAUAAUGAAAAUAAAUGAAGCUAUGCAAAACUGACUGCCUUACCACUAAGAAAUAAAAGAUACAGAAGUCCUGAA